CUAACCGGCGACUUGUGCUCCAACUCAGCAAUAACGUGCAGCUUGUAUUGGCGGGGUCCGCAGCAACACGCAGCCAAUAGCAGAUCGGGAAGCACGUAUGCGCCCGCUUACGCCGGCGUCUCAAUAUUCGCUCGCCACCUUCUCUUUCUUCCCUUCUCUCUCCGCCAACAAAACUUUUUGCUGACAUGUGCAGCAACUCGCCCGCCUACUCAGCCUUAUAAUACCUGCUCAACUCGCCACUGCUCCUGCCACUGCGACCAGCAGCUAGCUCCGCAUCCAAGUGCGCAGCAAGGGCAGAGAGGGCGAGGGCGCCAUGGCGCGGGAGCAGGCGCUGCUGUCGACGGAGAUCGUGAACCGCGGCGUGGAGCCGUCGGGCCCGGACGCCGGGUCGCCGACCUUCUCGGUGCGCGUGCGGCGCCGGCUGCCGGACUUCCUGCAGUCGGUGAACCUCAAGUACGUGCGCCUCGGGUACCACUACCUGAUCAGCCACGGCGUGUACCUGGCCACCAUCCCCGUCAUCGUGCUGGUGUGCGGCGCGGAGCUGGGCAGCCUCAGCCGCGACGAGCUGUGGGCCAAGGUGUGGGGGGAGGCCACCUACGACCUCGCCACCGUGCUCGCCUUCCUCGCCGUCCUCGCCUUCACCAUCUCCGUCUACAUCAUGUCCAGGCCCAGGCCCGUCUACCUCAUCGACUUCGCCUGCUACAAGCCCGCCGACGCGCUCAAGGUGUCCAAGGCGGAGUUCAUCGACCUGGCGCGCAAGUCGGGCAAGUUCGACGAGGAGAGCCUGGCGUUCCAGUCGCGCCUGCUGGCCAAGUCCGGCAUCGGCGACGAGUCGUACAUGCCGCGCUGCGUGUUCGAGCCCAACGCCAACUGCGCCACCAUGAAGGAGGGCCGCGCGGAGGCCUCCACGGCCAUGUUCGCGGCGCUUGACGAGCUCUUCGACAAGUGCCGCGUCCGCCCCAAGGACGUGGGCGUGCUGGUGGUGAACUGCAGCCUCUUCAACCCGACGCCGUCGCUGUCGGCCAUGAUCGUCAACCACUACAAGAUGCGCGGCAACAUCCUGAGCUACAACCUCGGCGGCAUGGGCUGCAGCGCCGGCGUCAUCGCCGUCGACCUGGCCCGCGACAUGCUGCAGGCCAGCGGCGCCGGGCUGGCCGUGGUGGUGAGCACGGAGGCCGUCUCCUUCACGUGGUACCCGGGGAAGCGGCGGUCGAUGCUCAUCCCGAACGCCUUCUUCCGCGCCGGCUGCGCCGCCGUGCUGCUGUCGAACCGGCGGCGCGACUUCCACCGCGCCAAGUACCAGCUGGAGCACGUGGUGCGCACGCACAAGGGCGCCGACGACCGCGCCUUCCGGUCGGUGUACCAGGAGGAGGACGAGCAGCGGAUCAAGGGCCUGUCCAUCAGCCGCGACCUGCUGGAGGUGGGCGGGCACGCGCUCAAGACCAACAUCACCACGCUGGGCCCCCUGGUGCUGCCCUUCUCGGAGCAGCUGCUCUUCUUCGCGGGGGUGCUGUUCCGCCACCUGUUCCCGGCGUCCUCCAAGGCGGCGGCCGCCGCUCCGCCGCCGGGGGAGGGGGAGGAGGCCUCCUCCGCCGCGGCGCCCUACAUCCCGGACUUCAAGCGCGCGUUCGAGCACUUCUGCAUGCACGCGGCGAGCGGCGACGUGCUGGAGCACCUGCAGGCCAACCUGGGUCUGCGCGACGCCGACCUGGAGGCCUCCCGCGCCGCGCUGCACCGCUUCGGCAACACCUCCAGCAGCAGCAUCUGGUACGAGCUGGCCUACCUCGAGGCCAAGGGCCGCGUCCGCCGGGGCGACCGCGUCUGGCAGCUCGCCUUCGGGUCCGGCUUCAAGUGCAACAGCGCCGUGUGGCGCGCCGUCCGCCGCGUGCGCCGCCCGGCGCGCAGCCCGUGGCUCGACUGCAUCGACCGGUACCCGGCGCGCAUGGACGCCUAGCUAGACCCAAUAAAUAAGCGACGAUGAUGAUGGAUCAUCUAUCGUAGGACGCGAUCGAGUCUCGCAGGCACAAAAGUGUUGUUGCUGCUUAAGUAAGGUACGUUCGAGCUUUGGUUUGUGUUGCUUGUUUAUUUAGCGGUUAUUAAGGGAGAAAGAAAGACAGUCCCUAGCUGGUACGGUAGUACCAUAAUGUGAUGCGUGCACUGGAACGGAAGUUGGGCUGUGUGUGAACUUAUUAUGUAUGUGCAAUUUUUAAUCUGUUUAAGAGUACGUUGGCAAUAUCUAGAUGAUGUUGCUGUUAUCAAAUAAUAUGUAGUGGUGGCCGGUGUGGUCAACCUUUGGCUUGC